AUGCCGCGCGGUGGGAAGCGAGGCGGUGGUGGCGCGCGAGCGCCACCACGCAAUGCCCCUCGAAGUCGUGGCAACGACCGAUCUGCCCCAGAUUCCGUACCUGGAAUAGGUCCUGCUGGGUUUACCCUGCAAGAUGAGGCUCGCAGCACCGCCCAUCGCUCCUCACCGUGGAGCAGUGAUUCGAGACUGCGACAUCGGCCCAUAACAUUUGUAAACACCGGGAGUUCAGAGCCGCUUAAGCAGUUAGAGGACAUUUUGCAGAAGGAGGAUGCUGCUGUCCAACCUGGAGGGACGCCCGAUGUUGCCCCCAUUCUUUCGGACAACCAUGACACAUUGCUCGACAAGCUCGACAAGCUUGCUUCUGCGUCUGAUGAAAUCUGCAUACCCGAUGAGACGCUAGUCGACGUUGCCGGUGACUUGGCGAUAUUGCCUCGUCAAGAUAGGUGUUUGGACGCCAAUCUCAAGAGUGUCAAUGAAGAAGACAACACCAAUAGUGUCGAGGCAGAGGUGCCGACGCCACUUCCAUUCUUUCUCGAUACCACAGGAGACAAGCGAUUGCUUGAGAAAGUUCCGAUUCAACCCGCCGAACGUUCGCCGUCACCUGUUCCGUCUGACUCGAGUGAGGAGGUCAUCCUUUUCAGAGGUCGUAACAAGGCCCCAAGAGACAAAAGGAGACAUAAACAGCGAAAGCAGAAGCAGAAGCUGAAGCAUAGACCUUUCAACCUGGGUGGGAUCCAGACAGAAAUCCAAGCAGUGGAAAAUACGGUUAUGUCCAAGGAAAAUGACAGCGUCAGAGGUCCGGAGGAAGACAAGCUGAACUCGACGCGGCAGUCGCAUCAAGGCGUGAGGGCCUCCAGAAACCAAGAGGACGACUUGAUUGCCGACUACAUCGCCAAUAUGCGUGAACAUGGCGAUGUCGAUGGGUUAAUACCUGCACAGGCCUAUUCCCGCCGGGACAUCGGAGGUUCCCUUAGCGAGUCUGAAAGCAUCGAAGAUUCGUUUCAGACCAUCACCGGUCUCGACCAGGCUAAUAUGGUAUCAAGUGACGUCAGCGAACCUGAUACCACGGUAGCGGAAGUAGAUACCACAACCCAGCCGAGCGACGCGGAGAUUCCUCAGAAGACCCGGAAGCAUACCGAUAUGUGCAACUCAACACGAGUUGAUGAUGGGCACUUGGCGGUUGUGGAGACGGAUGCCUCCCACACGGCCUUCUUCGAGCAAAUUCACCCUGAAGAUGUAUCCCCGCAAUCGGAGCCAAGCGACCAGAACAUUGAGGAUGACUUGUUUGCUUCAGCGGCAGACAGAUUCGCGAAUGAGGUUGACGACUUUGACUUCAUGGAUUGGAAUCGUCCAGCGUUGAAGCGAAAGAAAGGCAAAGGGGCUAAAGGCAAGGUUCCCGUAUUCGAUAUCUCUGAUUCGGAGCUUGAGGGUAAGAUGCAGGCGGCGUGGAAGAACGACCGCUUGAAGAAAGCAGAGAGAAAGAAAGAACGCCAAGCUUUGCGCGCUCAAGGUCUCUUGGGUAAACACGCAAACCCGGAAGACUUGCGAACCAAAUACCCACACGGCAUGGGACUGGAUCAGAUUGCCGACGAGCUGAGGACGUUCCUCUUGGGCACACAGCCCAGUCUGACGCUGCCACCUAUGGACAACCAUGCCCGCAAAGUCAUUCAUGAGCUCGCCAGCAAGUUCAACAUCAAAUCUAAAUCAACUGGAUCGGGUGACCAACGUCGACCUAUGCUUCAUCGCACUUUCAGAACCGCCAAGUUCGCCGACGAGACGUUUGACAUGGCCAUCACUAGGGUUGGGCGUAAGUACUUCCCUCGUAAUGACAUCGCGGUGCGGGCUGCCGUUCAGCGGCAGUCAGCUCGUCGUGGGGGCGGUGGGCAUGCGGGUGUCCUUUAUCAAGACGGAGAGGUUGUCGGCGGAUCUGCGCCGGAAUUGGGCCAAGAGAACAAAGGCCGCGCGAUGCUUGAAAAAAUGGGUUGGAGCAGUGGCACUGCGCUCGGUGCGCUCAACAACAAAGGCAUCCUACAGCCCGUCGCCCAUGUCGUUAAACGUAGCAAGGCUGGACUCGGAUAA